AGCCAAAAUGGGAAAAACAUCAAACUGUGAGUAACGUCCAUGUAUUUAGGUUUCCCUCUCAGUUCAGAAAUUUGAAUUUGCAUAAAACCAAUCAAUUACUACUGUUCAAAACAUGAAAUUUAUUUUUCGUCCCAAUUUCCAAUGGAUGAGUUAGCGUUCCAAAGAAAGAAAGAAAAUUGAAUACAGGAAUCCCAGCAAUCACGCUUUCAUCCUCCUCUCUUCUCUCCAUGGAAGAAGCGGAGGAUCAGCUCUGCUUUGCCUCCUGCUCGGCUGACUUCGCUCCCCCUCCCUCUGUAGUUUCUCUUUCCCCAUUCUCUUCCGUCCCCUCCCCAUCUUCUCGCCGGCUUUCCAGUCACUUCACUCCUAGCCGUCCAGUCCCAUCUGCUCGAAAGCUAGCUUGGCUGUCUCUCCAGGGACGGCUUGUUAAUGCGGAGGAAGCUAGUUCAGCUGAAGCCAUUGGGGGUGGCCUCAGCCGAGAGCAAACUAUAGCUUGGGAACUGUUUAGCCCCGUUCAAAGGUUCCUCAUCGUAGCCGUGAUAGGCGUCGCUGUUGCGGAGUCUAAAAAGAAUAGGAUCAUUUUGCGGCUUUCAAAAUCUGUCGAGCUUAGGGAUCAGGUGCUAUCGGGAAUGCAGCAGAAGCUAGAUGAUCUAUGCGAGCAGCUGAAUAGCAUUAAGAACCAUUCAAGGGCUGAGGCUAAUACAUUAUUAAACGAGAAUGUAGAAUCAUUAUCUAGUAAUGUUUUUGGUUGUGCUAGAAUUAAAUUUGUUGACUGCGGUUGUUGGCAUUGUGAUCAUCACCAAAACCUCUUUGCUGGUUUAAUGGACAACUCUGUUGAGAAACUAUCUCAAGGGGAUGAGGUGUUCGAGUAUAAAGUGCCUUUAGUCAAUGGAGCAGACCAAGAAGAGCGCCGCAUGUCAGAUUUGUCAGAUUGGGCUUCAAGUGUUACUUCCUCGGCAGAUAUCCAGAUGAACUCAUCUUCAGUAGACCUAGAUAUCUCCAAUCUCAAGAGAGAGAAUGAAGAGAAGGAUGCCACCAUAAAGGAGCUUAGUAGUAUUCUUCAGUCAACUAAUAUGGCAGGUUCAAAGAGAACUGCAGAGCUGGAGGAUAUUAUACGCAGGAAGAACACUAUCAUUACAAAACUUAAGAAGGACAUAAUGGUAUUGGAACAAAAGUUGGUUCACUUUACGAGAAUUCGGAGACCAUCUUCCUCUCCACCUAUCUCACACAGUUGGCAUUUUCCUCUUAUGAUGGAAAACAUAGUUUAUGAUAUGGACAGUAGUACCAGCCCUUCAUCUUCUGAUUCCGAUUCAUCUCCUGUAAACAGACCAAAAACAACCGAUACUAAAAAUCAGUUUACCCCUGUUCAGGAGACACCUCUUCAAAGUAGUGACUCUGCCCCAGCAACAAAGGGGAAAUCAACAUCUGCAACAGCAUCAAGUUCUUUGGCAAAAUUAACUGAACAACACAUGGAAUCGAGAUCAGCUACUCCUCUCAAAGAAAUAUCUACAAAUCAGAAGUUCAGAUCACUUUCUUCUUUGAGGCUAAAACAGUUGUCAGCUAAUGGAGAAUUUAAGAAGAUUAGAAGGCGAAGCCAAACUGCAUGUAGUGAUGCAGCUCCAAAGAAGAGAUGGAUGUAGUUUAUGUGGUACACAUGUAUGUAGAGAUUAUAUAUACGUAAAUCUGGCAUUUUGGGGAUGAACAACUAUUGCCUUUCGCAAACUGAGGUAAAGGCAAUUUCAUCUAGGUUGAAUAUUCACCUCCCUGUUAUAUCAUAUUUGUGUAGUUAAAUUAAUGUAAUUGCUGAACUACAUUACUAUAGUUUUCAUUAGAUUCUCAUAGACUCGGUGAUCAUAGUUUAUUUGUGAUUUCUGUUUCUUUGAAUUGGCGGUGGUUGGCUUUUUCUGAAUUGAUCAGACCUAAGGUAUAGUAGUUAGUACACAA